GGUGUCCUUACUCCUUACCCUUUAUUAGAGAGGUGUCCUCAUUUCAGGGGUGUCCUUACUCCUUAUAAAAGAUGUCAACUAGAUUUUCCCACCUCGUUAUACGGAGGUGUACCCGAAUUUGCAACUUCACAAGGGUGCAAGAUGCCCCGAAAGUUAGGGGAAAACGCGAGCUGUACGCAUGCGCACAUUUUACACAUACGCAUGCGCACAUGCGCACAAGCAGCUAAAAUGGCCGCUCCGCCGAAGAAGCGACUGAGACUUCUGGAAAAUCACAUAUGUAAGCCGUUCAGCAGCCGUGUAUGCAUCGACAACGAACUUUCCUCCACGGCUCUGCAACAGGCAGCGAGGAAGUGGGGGCUCGCGGCCUCACGUACGACGAGACGAGUGUUGUCUACUCGCUACUGUGGAAUCAACCGUCCCUCCUGCCUUCCCCGUACUGUUACACCGGUAGGCGAGCCACCCCUCUGGUGGGGAAGGGGGCAAAGGGCAAGGCAGUGGGUCUGCCUCUCUUCUACACUGCGUCUCCGGAUCACCCAAUCAGAGAGCGAGACGAGAGGGGCAAGGAGGAGGAAACCGAGAUACGAGAAGCUCACCCCAGCACAGUCCAACCUGUCCAGCCAUGGAGGUUGCGGAAGAGAAAAGUAGUGGACUAUAUUCCAUCAUCUCCUGAGGCUGGUAUAGGAGAAAGAGUGAGGUCAGAGCUGGGGUACCUGUUCCCUCCUGUGAUGGGCAAGAUGGUGGAAAACCAUGUCCAGAGCAGGUGGCUGAAGCAGAGAAACACAGGGUGA